CCGCGCCGAUUGGCUCGCCCGCAGCCUGUCAGCCGUCACGUGUCGGAGCGUCCCGGGCGCCUGGCUGUGGGCGGCCCGGCAUGGACCCUCAGGCAGCCACCGGUCCGGGGCCGGGCGAGCCGAGUGCAUGGGAGGCCCCCAGCGCGGAGGCUGGUCUUGCCACAGCUGACCUCUCUGGUGGGGAGACAGAGACUGAGCUAGACGUGGACCGACUAGGCAAUGGAGCUCAGAGCAUCCCUACUGACGUUCCUACCCAUGCCGAGGGCCCAAGUUCUGAAGAGGAAGGCUUUGCAAUGGAGAAGGAAGCGGAUGGGGAACUGUAUGCCUGGGAGCUGUCAGAAGGUCCAGCCUGCCCACCCAUGGAACAGGCUUCUGGUCUUUUUAACGAGGACUGGGACUUGGAGCUGAAAGCGGACCAAGGGAAUCCUUACGAUGCUGAUGACGUCCAAGGGAGCAUUUCCCAAGAGAUUAAGCCGUGGGUGUGCUGUGCACCACAAGGAGAUAUGAUGUAUGACCCCAGUUGGCACCAUCCACCCCCACUGAUACCACAUUACUCCAAGAUGGUCUUUGAAACAGGACAGUUUGAUGAUGCAGAAGACUAAAAGUCACUUCCUUCAGUGGAGGAGUUACUCUGUCCUCCAAAAACCAAGUUGUUUGCUGUGUUCUAAGUUCCAAGGCAUCGUUCCCAGUGACCUCCCAGUGUGGGCUACAGACAGGCAUUAACUGGGGCGUGUUGUCGUUGUUGUUGUUGUUGUUGUUGUUGUUGUGGACUCUGGAGUGUGUUGGAAUUUGUCUGUGUCAGGGUUGUGUUCUUUAUAAAUAAAGUUAAGGAAAUGA